AUGGAGGAACUAGAAGGGCUAGUCAGGAAGCACAUUCAGAAUAGAAUAAGAAAGAGACAUUCUAAGGAACACACAUGUAGGAACUGUGGAAGUAAGUCCACGGUGGUAAUAAGUGGAACCGAUACAUGUACAGUAUGCGGAACCAGUGAAUCGAACAACUUAUCAUACUAUGUCAGCUACAACUUUAAUAAGAACGACUACCUGAAAAAGAAGAGUAGACACAACAGGGUACGUUGGUUUAAUAGGUUAUUGGUGAAACAUGUAGCUAACUGUGAUAGGGAAAAACUGAGUAAUCAAUUUCAGAUGGUAGUAAGGUGUAUAGAAAGAAUGAGACUUGAAAGGGGUCGCAAUAUUGUGAGAUACAAGUUUUACCUAUUAAGGUUAACAAGCAGCAACCGCAUAGAACUGAGAGACACACUGGAGGACAUUAGAACAAAAAAGCUGGUUGACCUUUUAGAGGACCGUCUUUAUGGAAAGGUAUUUGUUGAACUGGGAUGGAAAGGUGAAAUGUGUCCUUACUAUAGCAAUUGGGAGAACCGUAAAAUAGCAGAAGAGAAUUGA